AUGGCGCUUCUCAAGGGUGGCCCCGUCUUCACGGCGAUUGCUUCUCUCGCGGCUAUCGCAGUCCCUGUGGCCGCAGAUGUUCCGGCGACCAUCACUCCAGAAUCUUUCGCGACGACAGGCAACAGCUCCCUCUUCACUCGAUGGAGGCCUCGUUCCCAUUUCAUCGCGCCACACAGCUGGAUGAACGACCCUUGCGGUGCGGUCUACGACCCGGCCACCUCAACCUACCACUUGCACUACCAGUUCCACCCCAACCACGUGAACUGGGGCAAUAUUUCCUGGGGACAUGCGGUUUCAAAGGACUUGUUCCACUGGACUGAUGUCGGCGACUGGGCAAACGACUCAUCUGUUUCCCUCGCUGCUGACAAGUACCCUGCCGCUCCCCUUUCGGUGUUUACCGGCACAACCAUGCCGGUUAACGUUGAGGGCGUUAAUGACGGUACUCUCCUGACUUUCUCUACUGGUAUCCAGGCUCUGCCUACGAACUGGAAGAAGCCGUACAUCCCCGGUACUGAAGUGCAGGCCCUGUACACCUCUACAGAUGGAGGUUUGACAUGGAAUGAAAUCAGCACUGUCCUUUCCAGCCCUCCUGAGGGUUGGAACGUCACUGGAUGGAGAGACCCUCACUUCUUUCCCUCCGAGAAACUUGACGAUCUCCUCCAGGUCAGCGAGCCCCACUACUAUAUGGUUCUUGGCUCCGGUCUCAAGUCCGACGACGUCCCUGCUACGUUCCCUAACGCCGCACGCCCUGGCUUUAUCGGACCUCGUAUCCCGCUCUACUCUGCACCUGCGUCCAACCUAACCCAGUGGACUUUCCUUGGGGCCCUAUGGGAGCCUGCCGCUAACACGUCGUUGGGCCACCCCGAUGUUACCGGAUCUUAUGGUUACAACUUUGAGGUCAGCAGCUUCUUUGACCUCCCCGUUGGCGAGACUGGGGAGAAGGCCUGGUUCGUUACCAUGGGUGCUGAGGGCGGCAACACCACCCAGCACUGGAAGGAAUCGUGGUCUCUCUGGAACCGUGGAGACGUUGCCCGCCGUGAUAACGGCUCCGUCGAGUUUACACCUAACUCGGGUGCCGCACUGGACUGGGGUCUUACUUAUGCUCAAGCCACCUGGGCUGACUCUCGGAACAACAACCGACGCAUCGUGUGGGGAUGGGUCAACGAAGACAUGUUGUCUGAUUAUCAGCUUGAGACUGCCACGAAGUUCGGAUAUCAGGGAGCUAUCAACUUGCCCACAGAGCUGUACGUCCAGGAGACCAAGGGCGUCCAGAACUGCGGUACUCAGCAAGAUGGCACCUACUGCAUCGAGAGCUGGGACGGCGCCACUGCGCAAACACUUGGCAUCCGUCCCCUUCCUGACGUUAUGGAGAUUCUCCGUCAAGGCGCUGAGGUCCAGGAGUUCCAGGUUGGCGGGCUCACUGACGCCGCUAAGUCUGUGUCCGCAAACAUUGGCAGCUCUUACGAGUUGACCGCGACACUGAGCAGCUGCAACGGUCCGGCUGGCAUUACUAUUGGCCAGAGCCCUGACAACGCCGAGUACACUACCAUUGUCUUCGACCCUGCCAUAUCGCAGAUUAGCGUCGUGCGUGAACACAGCAGUCUGCUCCCCAACUUUAACAACGCCACCAUUGUCGGCCACUUCGAGCCCUAUGAGAUUCAUAACGCCAGCAGCAACACCACUGCCACCGAAGAUAUCAACUUCCACGUUGUUCUUGACGGCUCUCUGCUCGAGAUUUGGGUGAACGAGCGCUUCGCGUUGACGGCCCGCAUCUACCCCUCGCGCAACGACAGCACCGGUCUUGGCUUUUUCGCUGGUGACGCGGCGGCGCCCGCUGGUGGCAAGGCGACGUGGAAGGAUAUUAAGGCUUGGGUCGGCCUUGCCAAGGCGUGGCCGGAGAGACCAGAGGAUACUAGCGUUCCCUUGGUUUGGGAUACGCCUGAGGAAACGAAUAACUACCAGUGGUGGGACGGAUACUAA